AACUAAACUCCUAGGUUUGGUAGGAUUUCUGGCUGUCAAAAAUCAGGAUAUAUGUUUUCAGGACAGGCCAGAAAAACAGCUCUUGAAAUUAUGCUUUUAUACUGUAGUGUUUUGAAUUGCCUGCAAAUGCCUAUGUAUGAUAAGAGAGGACUCGUCCUGAACAACUUAUUUUCAAAAAAACCCAACGCAUAAAAGAUGGGAAGACAUGAAAUCUCCAGAUAAGAACUUUUAUUUCUUUUGAUAAUGCUGUAGCAAAUGUGUAUUUUGCCUUCAUUCUGUGGGGGGAGAAAAGAGAUUUAUAACAGUAACUUCUUUGUGAUGCAGAAUGUUGGGCCACUUGCUAGAGAAGAAUCAAACUUUAAGUGAUUUUUCCAAGUCUGUAGCAGAAUUGGGGAUACAAUUGCUCCUUCCUCUACCUAUUGAAAACCCCACGACCGAUACAUUUCCUUUUCAAUUUGCAAUGUUAAUAAAAUAAAUGUACUCUUGUAUCUUGAAUUACUGAAGCCUGUUCCUCAGUUAUAAUUACUGGUUGCUUUUUGUUUUUCUCCACAGCUGCCUUUACAAGGUUCUCUCCACAUCAGGAAAUCUGAAAAAAUGGGAUUUUUACAUCUCUCCAGCCAGCACUGAAAACGAAUGGGGAUUGCCUUGCUUUGCCUCUUUUUCCUAUUUCUGCAAAGAAAUAACAAUGUACAAGGGAAUUGCCCUCAGGAAAGUGCAGUGACUUGCGAAGAUUGUUUGCUUUCUGGACCACACUGUGCUUGGUGUUUUCAAGAGAACUAUAUGGACUCAGCUGGAAUUCACGGAAGGUGUGAUACUCCAGAAAAUCUUUUAUCAAAAGGAUGCCAGUUGAAUUUGAUGGAAUUUCCCAUUUCCAAAGUAGAAAUUCACAAAAACAAGCCCCUUAGUAUCGGAAUACAGAAGAACAAUUCUGAUGUCACACAGAUUUCUCCUCAAAAAUUAACUCUUUGGCUGCGACCAGGAUAUGAAGAAACAAUACAGAUCAAAGUUCGCCAAACUGAAGAUUAUCCAAUUGAUCUCUAUUACCUCAUGGAUCUUUCAGCUUCAAUGGAUGAUGAUCUGAAUACAAUAAAGCAAUUAGGUUCAACUCUUUCCAAAGAAAUGUCAAAACUGACAAGCAACUUUAGACUGGGGUUUGGAUCUUUUGUUGAAAAACCAGUUUCACCAUUUAUCAAAACUACAUCUGAAGAAAUAAACAACCCUUGCAGAAGUGUUCCAUAUGAGUGCUUACCCACCUUUGGAUACAAACAUGUUUUGCCAUUGACAAAUGAUUCAGAAAAAUUCAAUGAAAUUGUCAAAGGACAGAGAAUUUCUGCUAAUAUAGAUACUCCAGAGGGAGGAUUUGAUGCGAUUAUGCAGGCAGCUGUUUGCAAGGAAAAAAUUGGAUGGAGGAAUGAUUCUUUACAUUUGCUGGUGUUUGUGAGUGAUGCUGAUUCCCAUUUUGGGAUGGACAGUAAACUGGCAGGGAUUGUUAUUCCCAAUGAUGGGAACUGUCAUUUGGACCACAAUAACGAAUAUUCCAUGUCAACUAUUCUGGAGUAUCCCACAAUUGGACAAUUAAUUGACAAGCUUGUGCAAAACAAUGUUUUACUGAUUUUUGCUGUAACAAAGGAGCAAAUUCACAUAUAUGAGAACUACGCAAAGCUUAUUCCUGGAGCUACUGUUGGACGACUACAGAAAGAUUCUGGAAAUAUCCUCCAGCUGAUCAUUGCUGCGUAUCAGGAGCUGAGAUCCGAAGUAGAACUGGAGGUCUUUGGAGACACAGAAGGACUGGAUCUCUCUUUCACUGCAAUCUGUAACAAUGGGACCUUUUUUCAGCAUAAGAGGAAAUGCUCUCAUGUGAAAGUGGGAGAGAUAGUCUCUUUUAAUAUGACUGUAAGUCUCCCUACUUGCGAAAAAAAUAGAAGGCAUAUUGUGAUAAAACCCGUGGGCCUCAGUGAUGUCCUGGAAAUUGAAAUUCAUCCACAAUGCAGCUGUAGCUGUCAGGCAAAGGCUGAGGUGAACAGCUCAAAGUGCAACAAAGGGAAAGGAUCUUUUGAGUGUGGAGUCUGUAUCUGCGACCCUGGCUACAUGGGUCCACAUUGUGAAUGUGAUGAAAAUUUCCUCGGCACUAAAUCUUGCAAGGGCUCUGCAGAACAGAGCUCCUGCAGUGGCAGAGGUGACUGCUAUUGUGGACAGUGUGUUUGCCACUCAUCAAUGUAUGGAAAAAUUUAUGGGCCACACUGUGAAUGUGAUGACUUCUCUUGUGUGAGACAUAGAGGACUUCAGUGUGGAGGCAAUGGUGACUGUGACUGUGGUGAAUGCAUGUGCCACAGUGGAUGGACUGGUGAAUACUGUAAUUGCACAACCGACACUGGCUCCUGCAUUUCUGAGGAUGGGAUGCUGUGCAGUGGGAGAGGCGAGUGCAUCUGUGGGUCAUGUGCUUGCACACACCCAGGGGCUUCAGGCAGCACGUGUGAAAAAUGCCCUCUCUGUGACGACCCUUGCAGUUCCAAACGGAGCUGUGUAGAAUGUCAUUUGGCUUCUGAUGACAAGUCACAGGGAGAAUGCAGUGAAAAAUGUAAAUUGGUUGAUGCAACUGUCAGCACUGCAGAGGAUUACUCAGAGGAUAAAUCCAUUCCCUGCUCUUUGCAGGGGGAAAAUGAAUGUAUUACCACAUUUCUACUGACUACGGAUGAACAGGGAAGGACAAUUAUUCAUAGCAUAGAACAGAAAGAUUGCCCACUAUUUCCAAAUAUCCCAAUGAUAAUGGUGGGUGUCGCCCUGGCUAUCCUUCUCAUUGGCAUUGUUUUACUUUGUAUAUGGAAAAUACUAGUGUCAGUUCAGGACCGAAGAGAGGUGGCCAAGUUUGAAGCAGAAAGAUCAAAAGCCAAAUGGCAAACGGGAACAAACCCACUGUACAGAGGCUCAACCACCACUUUUAAAAAUGUCACUUACAAGAACCAAGAAAAGCAAAAAGUGGCCAUGACUGCAGAUUUCUAUUAGCGCCUCCAACGCUACAAACUUAGUUUUACUGGCAGGAAAACCUAAAAACACUAUUUCGCUUUUAUUUCUUCUCAGCUGGUUAUGUGGUAUUUGUUUGCACGCUGCAGUGGUAUAAUAAUUCUGUUAGAGAAAAUGUAUCUUGUGUUGGGGAAACUAUAGAUAACAUAUUAGUACUAAAAAUUAAUGGGAAUAUUAAAAAAACAACUUUAAUACUAAAGCCCUCCCUGAACUAAUCUUAGAAAGAUGGCAUCACCAAUAAUUUUAAUUUGCUCAUUAAUAAUGAGGAUUAAAAAUUAUCAUAAGUAAGCCUAUUUUUGUGAACUUAAGUAUGUACAGUGAGGUUUAUAUUACCUUGUUCACCCAUGCCAUGCUAUAUAUUUGUGUUUAGGUAUGUAUUUUUAGGAGUUUAUUUGGUGGGCUGGUUUAAAUUUAAAAGGAUAAAUUUUUCAUGAAUGCUGCUUAAACUACUGAGGUUAGAGGUUCCUCAUAUCAGCUGUGGGACUGAGUAAUUUUUCAUCAGAAACAAUUAGUGUUAUGGCCUGUCUUGCAUGUAUCUAAGGUAUCUAGAAAUACUUCCUUUCUAAUUCUUCUCUCUUGUCGUGUUUCCCUCCUUCCGUGUCCUUGAAUCCCUUCCUGUUUGAUGUUCUUUAAGAAUCCACUCCCUGAAGUUAUCUCAGGGAAAGCUAAAUCAAACCCUUAUUCGCUUGCAUAGUUGUUUUUUCAUUCCAGGUAUAGACUGCUUUUUGUUUUCUUUCCUUUGAAUUCUAGUAGAGAGGACCCAGAGUGAAAAAGAAAUAUUUGUAAAUUAGAGAACCCAGAGGAGAAACUUUAAACCAGAGGAUUAGCAAAAGAAAAAGUCUUUUCACCAUUUCCAUCCUAUUUAGGCACUCAAAAUAAACCUCUCAUGGGCUGUGGCAUGAGCCCUUUACGUGCAGGAAAAUUUCACACACAAAGACUUACUAUCACGCACAAAGACAGUCGUCUUUUGUUGAUACAUCCUAAAUUAUGAGUUUUUUUUUCAAUGCCCAGCAACCAAACUAUUUAUUCAUGUGAGAAAUAAUAUAUUCAGCUCUUUUUGGCAGGUUUUUCAAACUAGGCAGCAAGUAGAACUAUGAAUUUCAUUUGAUAUUCAUUUCCAUGACACUAAUGAGGAUUUUUAAAUCUCAGUUUUAACUACAGUUAUUAAUGACUUGUCAUAAAUUGUAAUGCUGUUAUCAUACACAUCACUAGGAAAAAAUUCUCUCCCAAAAUCAGCUAACAUGAUGGCAUAAAAAUGACAGUAUUGGACUAUUUUAAGCUAAUGGUAAUGUAAUUUACUUCUUAAUAUCAUUUUUUAAUAUUCUGGAAUAGAUGGUCAAAAUGUACAAAUGAAUGUACACGAAAGAGAAGGAUUAGAAAACAAAGGUACAUUGACACAUAUCACAGACUAACUAAUUACGUACAUUCCCUAAGGUAAAGCAUGUAUUUGAUCUAAAAAGACUUGAUAUUUUCCAUUUUUCAAUAAAUAUUUACAAAGUCUGUGCAACUUCAGUCUCUAUAUCCUUUGCAGUUACUGGAUGUGAGACUGAUAUUUUAGAUGCCUGUUUUAGGGCCUGAUUCAAAGCCUAUUGGAGUCAAUGGCUACAGACGAGGAUCUAGUUUCAGUGAAACUAUUAGUUUUGGUUUACAAAGAUUGUUUUGUUUAAACAAACUGGUUAAUAGUGUCUACUAGUGGAUUAGAACCUACAUUAUCUAUUUCUGUGCAAAGAGAAAUAAACAAUAUCAGAUGCCUUUGGAAAGAAGGUGAUGCUAUAAUCACGUAUGACAUACAAAAUGAUUGCAGUGUGAAGGAAACGAUGGCUAUCAUUAAACUGGAACAGGCUAAUUACAGGUUCAAGUCUGUUCUCUUCAGUACUCUUGCAUAUCUCAUAAUGAAAGCUGUGCACGGACAAAGGCCUGAUCUGCAAUCCUUCCAGCCACUAGACACCCACAGAUGUUAGUGCAAGUUAUAUAUGGUACCCAAACCGGUUUCCCUAGCACAUGAAUAAUCUCAAUGGAUGCAAAGUUGGCCCCCUGGAUUCAGUGCGAGUUUUGUCUCAGACUCCACUCAGGUCAGGAUUGCUUAAAGGACUAGGGAAAUUUGGAUUUAGCCUAUGGAAAAUAGCUGUUACUUUUUUUUUUUUUUUUUAAGUAGAAGUCAUCAAAUGACAAUCUUUUUAUGAAAAAAAAUAUUACUUCCAAAGUAAUAAACAUCUAUAUUGUUUACUAAAUAUCUUCUAAGUUCUGUUUCUGAGAUGGCUGAUUCUGCAGCUCAAUACUGGGGUUGAGACCCCUUCUUUUGUAGGUCAGCAAUUUCAAUAUUAAAUUACUUUUCAGUAUUCCAAGGUUUUUACUGAAGUCAUGUUCACAUUUCACAUAAAACUAUUGGUGGUCUACAUUCCCUGUUCCUACAGAUUUCAUUUCACAAAACUGCUCAAACUGUUCCCAUCGUUUGUAUCUUCUGUUCUUCAGCAAGGAUCCAAAAGGGUGUGGAGAUAAUGUUUACAGUCCAAUUAAUCCUCCUAGCAAUCUUCCUGCAAAUCAUUAAUGAUGUAUAGAAACCAGGCAGUGUGUUUUGCAGUUUCUCUGCUCUGAUUGUACUAUAACUUUUCUGUGCAUAUUCAAAAUUGUCAGAAUGAAAAUCACUCAAAUAAUUCAUCAGAAGAGAGAAAACAGAAGGGCUUGGUGAGAAAGACCUCUAUCAUUGAGGGAGAUCCAAUAAUUAGGUUCAUUCACAAGAGCCAUUCUUUUAACAGCAUUAAUUUAGAUAAUAAAUUUUGACUAAAAUCCUAGAUUUAAAGAACUUUCAAGGUCUCACUUGGCUUUCGCCCUAGAAACAAGAGUGGUGUUCAUCAUCUUUGUUAAUUGUAUUAUUUUUAUCUUGUAGCAUUUGUAUCAAAGUUCUUCUUUUCUUUCCUUUUUUCCCCACCAAAUUAUGAGUGGGUUUGUGUGGUGAGUGGGAUGGAAAAGUCUUUCUGCUCUUUUCAUGAUUAUUGUUUUGACCUGAGGCUGGACCUUGAGAAAGGCCAAAACAAUUUUAAUAGAAACACUUCUAUUCACUGAAGAGUUAAACUAAAUAAAAGAAUAAUCAUCAGCAA